AGCCCGGCAGGGGAGCCCCCCGGAGACCCCGCCUGGACCGAGGGCGGUGCUUGAAGGGGGGGCACUCUCUGCCGGCCGCCUCCGGGGACCCAGACGGUGCGGUGGGGCAGCAUGUGGGUCACAGCCCUCCUCCUCCUCCUCCUCCUCCUGCUGCUGCUGCUGCUGGGACGACGAGGAGCGUCGCGGCUGGAGCCUGCCGGCCGGGCCGUGCUCAUCACCGGCUGCGACAGCGGCUUCGGGCACCUGCUGGCGCUGCGCCUGCACCGCCUCGGCUUCACCGUGUUCGCCGGCUGCCUCUGCCCGGGCGGCGCCGGGGCGCGGCGGCUGCAGCGGGAGGCGGCCGCCGGGGCCGGACGGCUGCGGGUGCUGCGGCUGGAUGUGACCUGCGACCGCGACGUGCAGGCGGCCAAGGAGCUGGUGCUGAGCCACCUGCCCGAGAGAGGCUUUUGGGGGCUUGUGAACAAUGCAGGAAUAUCAACAUUUGGCGAGACAGGAUGGCUGUCUAUGGAAAAAUAUGAAAAAUUUACAGAUGUCAAUCUUCUUGGGAGCAUCAGGACAACCCUGGCAUUUCUUCCCCUGCUAAGGAAAUACAAGGGACGUAUUGUCUUCAUGUCCAGCAUUAUUGCCUAUUUUGCUCUGGGCAAUGGCAUUUAUUCUAUGACCAAGGCAGCUAUUGAAAAAUUCUGUGAUGCUUUAAGACUGGAAAUGAAGAAGUUUGGUGUUCAGGUCUCUAUUAUUCAGCCAGGAAACUACGCACGCUCUACCAAAAUUCAGCCACCAGUCAGUGCCAAAGAGAUUUGGAAUGAACUCAGCCAAGAGGAAAAGGCAGUUUACAACAAGGAGUACGUUCAAGAGCGGGCAAACUUUUUCAACAGCAUUGUCAGUGAAGGAAGCCCUAAUGGCAAUGAAGUUGUAGAUGCUAUGGUUGAUGCUUUAAUGUCUCCUGCACCUAAGGCACGUUACAUGGUAGCAAGGCUAAAGGAAAAAGCACUGGUGCUUGUAUGUGCUUUAUUUCCAACUGCUGUGAUGGAUUUUUUUCUGUCUUAUGCACUGAGUAAAGUCAAGCUUACAUAGCCAGCGUUGGUAUCAUUUAGUGACUCAGGCUAGGCAAUUUUUUAAGCUGCAAAAGCCAUGGCUGCAUGUAAUGCCCCCAGAAAUCAUGUUCUGACACCGACUAACCGACACAAACUUUGGAGGGUCUUCCUGCUCAGACUGUCACUUGUUCAUACAGAAGAACGUGUAGGGCCUCAAGUAAAAUUCACGCAGUUGUCUGGUAUUUCUCUUUUGGAAAAAGAACAGGGCCACUUACGCUACUUUAGGUAUUGCCUAGAAAAUUUAAUGCAGCUUUUCCUAAUACAAUACCAUUACUGUGUUAGAGACGUGACAGAGGCAAAAUGGAGCAUAUCCUACAGGGCAACUGCGUACCUGAAUUCAGUAUGGCAGAGAUGAAAGCAUCUUAUGUGUAGGAGCCUAAAGAGUAAUUUAUUAGAGCUGAUGGGAAGAGGCUAAUGGAAAAAAUGAGGAAUGAGCAACAGACCUUGAAACACUUUGAAUGUAGCUAAGUGACUUUAGAAAGUUAGGAAGUGUUAAGUGAGUAAUCAACUCGUAUUCUUAGCAAUGAAACAGUAGCUUGGCUAACUGCAGUUCAGAGCUUAUUCAGGUGUUAGGGAUAAAUCUGUAACAAAGCCAAUGUGUGAUGGACUUUGAAAAAUAAGUAGCACAUUCUAUUUACAACUGAAUAUUCAAUCCUAAAUAAACUCUAUCUAUUUAUCUAAUGUCUGGAUAAAUCAACAUACUAACCUAAAAUGUAGUCAGAGGGCUAAACACCAGGGUGACAAGAACCCGAAUGCAGCAGCAACGUGUAGCUUCAGAAGAACAUACUAAACCUGGAGUUCUGCUUUUGCUACUACUAUAGGGGUUAAGGGCUGAUGGAAAAAGUAUCUGUUCAUAUGAACAGGAAAACUUUAGUGACACGCUGGCUUCAUUAGCAGUCUCCUUCUACCUGCUGUGGAAAAGAUUUCUGGUUUACACAUAAAUAGUUUUAAAUUUGACUUGUUUGUGGCAUGGCACAAAAUCCAAGAACUACAGGAGCGAAGAUCCCAGAAUAACUGGGAUCAACUAUGGUGACAGUGGCAGAUACAGGGCAGCAGCAUGAAGCAUUAGCCUCCCUUGUGCCAGGUCUCCCAUAUCAAACCAAAGGCUCUGGUAUAGUAGUUUGGGGGGCUGAACCAGAAAUCACAUGCUGCACCUGGGAUGUCUUUCCUAAUGGAUGCGAUUAAUUACUGAGAAAAGUUUUUCUCUCUCUCGUGGUGGGCAAUUUGGCCGUCUGAAUCAGGAGCACAGGGACAAUGAGCAAACAGACUGACUAUUCCAGGUCCUUUCUGGACACCACUUGGUGGUGGAACAGCCACCUUGUUGGACCUUUUCUAGGAUGUGGAACAUUUUUAUUUCUCUUCCCAAAUGCUGGACUCAUCCCUGCAGCUGGCAUUAGUAAAAGGACAAGCCAGGGCUCCCACCCAUUCCACUGCCUGUCAACAGCAAGAUUAUCAGCUGAUUAUCUUUUGCUCUCCUCACUUAACCACAACUGAGCAAGGCCAAGCAAGGGAACAGGAAUGAGGCUUAUUCCAACUGAACCAACCGAUUUCUUGUAUAGGAAUUCCCCCUGCUUGACCUCAGGGAUUUCAGCAGUCUUACAUUGCUUGGGACCAGGGGGUUUCAUGCUCUUAGACAUUCUUUGUGCAGAUUACCCUUCCUUACAGUAAGCAGCACUGAACUCAACAAGCAGCUCUCAAAACCAGAUGUUUCCCCAGGAAACAUGCAACUCCCCGCUCAGAGAUGCUGCUGCUUUCCAUUACGUGUUCUCCCCUCUAUUUGCGUGUCUAAAAGCUGCAGCAAUACCUCAGCGCUGCUGGGAGCCUGCACCUUCAGGAGAGCAGCCUCCCAGAUAUGGACAACUUGAAGUAUUUCCAGCUGAAAAUUCCUCCUUUAUUGGCUGUGUAUGUGGUGAAGCACGCAAUCAGUAUUUCAUUAGUCUUGUGUAACAUCAGAUGAGCAACACUCCAGAACAUUUAUUCCUUGGUCUUGAAAACUAAGAACAUGCAGUGCGUAGUGCCUCACACAGGGUACAGUGACAGGCUGGAUGAGAACAGAUGGGACAAAUGAAGGUAGUUUAUAUUUUCAUUGCUGCCUAACCCGCCAGUGUGAAAGCUAACUGAAAAACAGCCACAAAAAGAUGAUCUUUUGUCUUCCCCCUCAGCUUUUUAAUAGUAUGAUUUGAAGAUAAAGAACUAAUCAAGAGAGAGUCAGAGCUUCACUGAUUAACAGGCCUGAUGCACUCCCACUGAAAGUCAUCUGGAAUCCUCCCACUGUAUUACAUGGGCCCCAAGGCACAGCAUCAGACAAGUAAACC